AUCGUUUGAGGGUGUAAAGUAAUACUUUUAGCUCCUAGGAUGCCAAAUACACAAACUGGUUUGGUUGUUUUUCAUUCAAGGCUAAUGACGUUCUGUGUGUGACGUUAGCUAACGUUGACUAGCCUCUAGCUCACCUAGGAGCUAAUGUUAAUGUUACCGUUCAGUUAUGAACAAAACCAGACAAGCACAUGUGCUAUUGGACAACAUGUCGCGUGAGUUGUAAAAAAACGAUAAAAAAAGCAGACCAACGCUGUGUAGACGGAGACGACGUCGAGGAAAUGCUUGACACGGAUGAAGAAAACUUUGCUAUUUCCUGUUCCUCGGUUUCAGCUGCAGCUUUUGAUGCUGUUAUUGGCGGCAUAGAGGAGAUCAUCAUGGAGGAGAAGUUCCAGCAGCUUCAGCAAAGCUUCAUGGAUCAAAACUACCUGGAGUUCGAGGACUCCGACGAGAACAAGCUCAGCUACACACCCAUCUUCAAUGAAUAUGUUGAAUUGCUGGAGAGAAACCUGGAGCAGCGGCUGAAGGAGAGGAUCCCCGCCUUCAACAUGAACACUUUCGUAGAGACGCUCAUGCAACACAAAGAGGAGGUGCCAGGCGACAUCUUCGACAUGCUAGUGACGUUUACUGACUUCAUGGCUUUUAAGGAGAUGUUUCUGGACUACAGAGCUAUGAAGGAGGGUCAAGGUCUGGACCUGAGUCAAGGACUGGUGGUGACGUCACUGAUCCACCCUGGUUCCAAACACAGCGGCCUCGCUGAGCCGCUGCUCCCGGACAUUUAAGUUGCCUCCUUCUCUUUGUGUUUAGUAACACGUUGUUCCUCCGUGAAGUUAUGGUUAGCUGGUCGUCACGGUUUCGGUAGUUUUGUGCUCUAUUGGUGAGCGGAUACGUUCCACAUAACUAAAAAUUAACAUUCUGCAAACAUGACACCCUAAGACCAAAAUCCUCUGAGUUCCUCUGUGUUUUAUGUGUUAACUGGGAUGGCGUGUGUGUGAAGAGUGAUGAGGGAAUGUUUUGGCUGCCUUGGACACGACUACUUGAACAUUUUUUAAACUGGAAUUUGCAGGUGACAGGUGACAUUCUUAGAUUACAAACCAUAUUAUUUACAUUUGCGUUUUAAAAAGGUUUAUUAUUAUUAGAUCCUCCCGCCUCGUUGGGGAGAAGAAACCCAGUUCUGGGACUCGAUUGUUUGUAGUUAUGUUUAUCCUACUGGUUAACGCAUCUCCUUGUAAGCAGGGGAAACCAUUUUAUAUGAUUGAACGCUUCAAUCUGCUCCCUUUUCCUGGUAUUUGUUUGUCAUAAGAAAAUAAUAUGGCAAAACUGAUCUGUUUUAAAGUAUUUGUUCAGUUUGAAAACUCAUUGAAUAGAGUUUUGUGCCUGUGAAAGUGAUUUUGAAUGUAUUAAGGGAUUGCGUGAUGUGUGCCUGCAGUUUAAAAUAAAAAGUAUAGUUUUCUGUA